UUUGUCAUAGGAUUUUAUAUGAAACGAGGUCGAAGGCCUUAGAUAAGUCCAGGAAACAUGCAAAGAAUUAUAUAUAAAUUAUCAAUAAUUACAUAGAAAACUUCCAUAACUCAAGAACGAAUACUUGUGGUAAACACAUAAAUUACCCUUAUCAGUAUUUGAACCCGGUGGGACCUGCUGCUUCAUAGGCAGGGUCACUAUCGACUAGGCUUGGAGGCUGUCAAAACGUCUAGGUGUGUUUUCCGUUUUUUCCUCAUUCAUUCACCUGUUAUAUAAGGGAAAACAAACGUACUUUCAGUCUACAUAGUACAUUGUGCAUACUUAAAAAUAGUUUAAAAAGAGCCCGCUUCUAUUGUAGUACCGCAGACGUGCUUUGUUGUGGUUUCACAAUAGCCAUGGACCGUGCUGGUAAGAUUGCAUCUUUGACUGUUUUGGUGAAAGUAGUAUCAUGUUCCAUAGUUGGUUUAACUUACAUGGACCCCCUCAAUCUGGUUCCAUCUACAUCUCAGUUGAGGGGCGAAGAUCCUUGCAAGCCACUUUACUGGUACCCUAGAAGAAUUCCUGAUUACUGCUACGCUCCAAAAUCGAAUGCCGCACCGCCACCAGCUAAGCUCAUACCUGAACCACAACCAGACCCAAUGCCAUUGCCUUUGCCGCCGAUACCGUUGCCUUUGCCGCCGAUGCCGUUGCCGCCGAUACCGUUGCCUCCGCCGCCAAUGCCGCUACCUAUGCCGAUGCCGUUGCCUCCGCCGCCAAUGCCACUACCCGUGCCAAUGCCGAUGUAUUUACCAAUGCCAGGGCCUCCAGCUGUGCCUCUACCGAUGCCAGGACUAAUGCCUCUUCCAGCGUACGCUGCACCCGCACCUUUGCCCAUGGGGUCUCCAGCAUACCCACUAAAUUUACUGCCGGGACCAGGUAUACCCGCGAUUCAAAGAGGCUUAGUUCCAGGUGUGGAGGGUCUAGUAUCUCCUGACGGAGCAAUAAACAUUCUGCCAUUCUCGGACGCAUAUUCAGAGCUACUGGAGAAACAUAAACAGAAAAUGAUAAGGAGAAGGCUGCAAAAACUUCUCGACGAAUACGAGUAUUAUCCCAAGAAGAAAAAUCAUCGAAAACAUGGCUGGAUGGAUUAUUAGUAAUACCGAUAAGUUGAAUUGAGAUGUUUUCAUUGAAACUAAAAUAUUAUAAUUAAACAUUUAUUACAAGUAUUAAUUAAUAUAUAGGUACCUAACUUUACAUUAAAACGUGACUUAAAUAAGAUAUGUAUAUUUGUAAAAUUACAUAUCAAGGACUAUCAAUCGACUGUGAUUGAUUGUCAUUAGUCUUAAUUAUUGGACGGACUUCCUGAGGGCGACAAAUGUACAAAUUAUUAAAUAGACACUAAUUAUGAAUAUCAAAAUACUUGUUAAAUAAGUAGCUACGAAUUACACUAUCCUACCGCUAUUUAUAAAUUUAAAUAAGUGCCUAGUUUUAUUACAUGAUAUGAAUAAUUCGUCGCAUUCUAUAGGAUGAUAUCAAGAUCUAGAUUCAGUCACUAAAAUAUAUUUCUCGAAGGCAAAUGUCA